ACGUGCCUGCCGGUCACCGCCGCCACCUCCCGCCCUCUCCAGGUUGCACGCGAGUCCGGCAGACUGAGGGGGAGAGAGAGAGAGAGAGAGAGAGGUACAGAGAGGGAAGGAGAGAGAGAGAGAGAGAGAGAGGUACAGAGAGAGACAGAGAGAGAGAGGAGGGAGGAGGCUCAGGGAGUAGGCGCUGGGGAGCCCUGCUGCGUGCGCACAGAAAGUUUCUAAUGGCUGGGUGAAGACAGAAAAACUGUCAGAUAGGCUGAAGCACUGUCACACUUGAUUUGGAAGUCUGCAAUCUUGCGUAGUAUUACCAGGAUUGGAAGCAGAAGUCUAGAAACAUUGCUGGACAAAGUACUUACUGUUCAAGACAAAUAAAGAUGUGCAGAUAAUCACUGGUUAUUACUUUUGGUGACUGCCUCCACUUUAUGCAAUGUAUCAGUCCGUGUCUGAAACUAGACAUCCUUUGCAGUCAGAAGAACAAGAAGUAGGCAUUGACCCCUUGUCCAGCUAUUCAAAUAAGACUGGAGGAGAUCCAAGUCAAAAUGGAAAAAGGACAAAUUCUGCCAUAGACUCUGAAGGAACCUUUAAUUCAUACAUGAAAGAAUGGGAAGAUCUAUUUGUAAACAACAAUUACUUGGCAACAAUAAGACAGAAGGGGAUUAAUGGGCAGCUGAGAAGCAGCAGGUUCCGCAGCAUCUGCUGGAAGCUCUUUCUUUGUGUUCUUCCACAAGAUAAAAGUCAAUGGAUAAGUAGAAUCAAAGAACUAAGAGCAUGGUAUACCAGUAUAAAAGAAAUACAUAUCACUAAUCCAAGGAAAGUUGUUGGCCAACAGGACCUGAUGAUCAACAAUCCCCUUUCACAAGAUGAAGGAAGUCUUUGGAACAAGUUCUUUCAAGAUAAAGAACUGCGAUCCAUGAUUGAGCAAGAUGUCAAAAGAACAUUUCCUGAAAUGCAGUUUUUCCAACAAGAAAAUGUGAGAAAAAUUCUUACAGAUGUUCUGUUCUGUUAUGCUAGAGAAAAUGAGCAGUUGCUUUAUAAACAGGGUAUGCAUGAGCUGCUGGCACCUCUCAUCUUUACCCUUCACUGUGACCACCAAGCUUUCCUCCACGCCAGUGAGUCUGCGCAGCCCAGUGAGGAAAUGAAAACUCUAUUGAACCCUGAGUAUCUGGAACAUGAUGCCUUUGCAAUGUUCUCACAGCUUAUGGAAACUGCUGAACCUUGGUUUUCUACUUUUGAGCAUGAUGGUCAAAAGGGAAAAGAAACUUUGAUGACCCCCAUCCCCUUUGCUAGACCACAGGAUUUAGGGCCAACAGUUGCCAUUGUCACAAAAGUCAACCAGAUCCAGGAUCAUCUACUGAAGAAACAUGAUAUUGAGCUCUACAUGCACUUGAACAGACUAGAAAUUGCACCACAAAUAUAUGGGUUGAGAUGGGUGCGGCUGCUAUUUGGAAGAGAGUUCCCGCUGCAGGAUCUGUUGGUGGUCUGGGAUGCCUUGUUUGCAGAUGGCCUCAGCCUGAGCUUAGUCGACUACGUCUUCAUAGCCAUGUUACUCUAUAUCCGAGAUGCCUUGAUUUCCAGUAACUACCAGACCUGUCUCGGCCUUCUGAUGCACUAUCCGCUCAUCGGGGACAUACACUCACUGAUCCUUAAGGCUCUGUUCCUUAGAGACCCAAAGAGAAAUCCAAGGCCUGUGACUUACCAGUUCCGCCCCAACUUAGAUUACUACAAGGCACGGGGAGCAGACCUCAUGAAUAAAAGCCGGACCAAUACCAGAGGUGCCCCUCUGAAUAUACACAAGGUCUCCAGCAGCCUGAUUAACUUUGGAAGAAAGUUGAUUUCCCCAGCCCCGGCUCCGGGCGGUAUGGGUGGCCCUGUCCCUGGCAGCAACAGCGGCAGCUCUUUCUCUGCUGCCGUCUCCUCCAGAGCCUCCGAAGAAGCCCCAAGGCACCGUGUGCAGCAGCAGCAGCAACAGCAACAGCAGCAGCAGCGACUGAUGAAAUCUGAAAGCAUGCCGGUACAGUUGAACAAAGGCGAUGUAGUUACAGGAAGCGGCGCUCGGCUUUCUGCUCCUGUCCAGGCUCUAACUGACCCCCAAGGGCAGAGUUCUAAAACCAUCAGUUCAUCCCCGAGCAUCGAGAGUUUGCCAGGGGGGAGAGAAUCCACUGGCUCCCCACCUUCCUCUGCCACUAAAAAGGAUUCCUUUUUCAGCAACAUCGCACGUUCCCGUUCUCACAGCAAAACUAUGGGCAGAAAAGAAUCUGAAGAAGAAUUGGAAGCCCAGAUUUCCUUCCUGCAAGGACAGCUGAAUGAUCUAGAUGCCAUGUGCAAGUACUGUGCAAAGGUCAUGGACAUGCAUCUCGUAAAUAUUCAGGAUGUGGUGUUACAAGAGAAUUUGGAAAAAGAAGAUCAAAUCCUGGUUUCCUUGGCAGGGUUAAAACAGAUCAAAGACAUUCUGAAAGGUUCCCUGCGCUUCAACCAGAGUCAGCUGGAGGCUGGAGAAAACGAGCAGAUUACCAUCGCCGACGACCACUACUGCUCCAGUGGCCAGGACCAGAGCAGCCAAGCUCCUAGGUCCUGCAAGCAGGCCUCGUCAGCAACACCAGGGUGCACUGCUGGAGAGACCUCAGAUGACUUCAUCCUGGUUUCCAAAGAAGACGAGGGGCGGGGUGCCAGGGGGCCCUUGUCAGGCCAGGCCCAGCCCCUCCUCACCCUCAGAAGCGCAUCUGGGAAGAGCAGCAUGUCAGCCUGCUCCCCGCUGGUGUUCUCAGACCCGCUGAUGGGCCCAGCCUCAGCCUCCUCCAGCAACCCCAGCUCCAGCCCUGAUGACGACAGCAGCAAGGACUCUGGCUUCACCAUCGUAAGCCCCUUGGACAUCUGAACACAGGGACUCCACUGGUGGAGACCCUGCUGGACCACCGUUUCUUUCCCAGCAUGCAUUUGGCAUUGGCACAACCCACUGGAACCCUUUGGAAAGAGGCUCCCUCCUUCAAUGAACUGUGUCCAGGUCACCUGGCCUGGGACCCUUGCUCUGACUUAGAAGCUAGGUCAGGCACACCCACUGUCAGACACAACCAAGCCACCUGUCUUCCAUCCCCUCCCCCCAGCCGCUCUGUCAGCCACACUUAGGAGGAGAGGGGGACUGAGCCUGUGGAGAUCUGGCGGCCAGCCUCACUCCUGACUGGGGUUUCAAAUUAGAACCCAGACCCUGCUCUGACAUGAGUACAUUUCCUGGGCCACCAGUGAUCCUCCCAGAACAACAGCAUUUCACCUUCUAGAAUCUCCACAGCCAGGAAGGGAGGCAGCUGUAACCUAAGGUGGUCUGUUAAACUGUUAAAUAAGGAGGGAAAUCUCCUUCACACCACCCAGGCCCAGGCCGCCACCUCCUAAAGAACAUUCCAGGUCCCAGAGGACACAGGGCUCCCUCAACCCUUUCCCACUCCGGGCACGCAGGCAUUGCAAGGACAGGUCUGCUGUCCCCAGGCCCACCCUGGGCUGGCAGAGGCGUGGCGUCUCUCCUGCUGGCAGGGUACAGAGCGGUGUCAGGCUUGCCUUUCCUGCAAGAAGGGCUUUCUGGGACCAGGCAGGCAUUCUGCCGGGGGCAGUGGGCAUUGUUGGCAUUGUUACAUCCGCCUUCUGUCCCUCUCCUCAGGACAGCAGAGUCCCUGAGCAGUGUCCCUCCCCUCCAUGGCAGACAAGUAUGUUAAUGUCAUGAUGCUCACUCUGUCUUGGAAAAUGGGACACUCAGGUCAUCCAUAUGAGGAUUUCUCCUUAGCCGUACUAGACAGCGGGGCUGAUGGCUCACACAGUGGCAAGGCUCAGGGGCCUGGUGACAAGUCCUCUCAGCACUCUGAGGAGGACUAGUUCCAUGUAGACACUGUUAGAAGCAGGGCCAUCACACAUCCAUCCCCUGAGGGAAGGUUGCCAUCAGCCACUUCACAGAAGGCCUGACUUAAGUAUCAACUCAUCCCCCCAGGCCUGGGACAGUGACUUAAGUAUCAACUCAUCCCUCCAGGCCUGGGACAGUGACUUAAGUAUCAACUCAUCCCCCCAGGCCUGGGACAGUGACUUAAGUAUCAACUCAUCCCCCCAGGCCUGGGACAGUGACUUAAGUAUCAACUCAUCCCCCCAGGCCUGGGACAGUGACUUAAGUAUCAACUCAUCCCUCCAGGCCUGGGACAGUGACUUAAAUAUCAACUCAUCCCCCCAGGCCUGGGACAGUGCUGGCCAUGUGUAUCUCAGCUAAGGCACUGUCCCAACAUUCCCUUUGCUUUGAGAAUACAGGUCGUAGCUGAGUGUUACUGGUUAUCCACAGGGCCAAGAAGAAGACAGACUGAUUCCUUGCCAUUUGAAUGGGCAUUUCAUAGUCCUUAACCUGCCUGCCCUGCCCGUGCCCCCACCCCCAUCCUGUGCUUGCAUGGGUGCCACAUGAGCGCUCCUGGGUUCACACAGGCGUCUCUGUGGUCCCCAGUCAGCCGCUCUCUGCUUGGAAGGAACAGGACUGGGGAGUGCUGUCUCCUCUAAGUGAUGUCAUUCUUCCUUGUUGAGCGUCACUUCCCUUUCUGUCGCCUUCGCUGGUGUGGAGCGAGUUCCUUCCCUGCUACUGUAUCAGGUAUUUCUGUCUGAUUCACAUUGUAAAGCCCUGGAUAUAUGGGACUCUUUUCUUUAACCACAGGGUAAUCAUCUGUUUUAAUUGCUCUCAUUUUGAUCAUAGCAGCUAAAUACAGUUUUAUAUAUAUGCCAAGCCUA